AUGUCGGAUGGCGGCAGCAUACCCGCUUCACUAAUGUCUGAUCUGGACGCCAGUAGCGAAGCUCUGCCAGCCGAAACAUCGGCUGCCUCGAACAGUUAUGCACUGCCCAUGGCAUCCAGUCCGGACUCAGCGCGGCUGUCUGUGGACUCUCCUGCAGACGGUCCUUUGCUGCAGCCCGCAAGUGUGGACAUUGUCGAGCCACGUCAUCCCGGUAUGAACGGUGCUCCGAAGGUGGCAUCGUCCCCCUCACAAUCACGGAUCCGCGAGGUCAAGGAGCGCUCUUCGCCGAGUGGGCCCAGGCGGCGUGUCUCGGGCCUCGCACGUCCUCCUCUCGAGGGCCGAUGGCUUCAGCGCUUCGAGGCAUGUCACGCUGCCUCGAGCGAGCGACCAGCAAGCGCCACGAGCAGUACUCGAGGUGCAAGCAGUCCAGGCUCCAGCCGGUCAGAUCCGGUGCCGCAUCGCAUACUGAGGGCGGGCGAUGCAGCGCAGGACCAUCAAAGGAGGCCGACUCCGUCAAAAACAACGCGGGCUGAGGUCACGAGUCGCAGUCGUGCAAAAGCCGACAGUUACGACAAACUGGAAGAGGAGGUACUCUCCAUGAUGAGCGCUCUGCAGAGGCCGCGAGACGUCCCGCAGCUAUGGGAUCCAUCGAAGCCUUCGGUCCCCCGAGCUGGACAAACGAAUGGUCGUCUCCGAUCACCUUCCCCUCGGGAUCCACGUUUACGCACCGCAGAUCGGGCUGCUGCUCGUCUUAGCACAGACGGAGGAGUGAGUGUUUCCCUCUCCGCACGUGCUCGUCAGUCUGCAGGGUAUCCGUUGCAUGGCCGCUCUGCGCGCCAAGUCCCGACCCAGAAGGCGGCGGCGCCGCAGCGCUCUCGUAUGAAAUCUGGGCCUGCCCGUACAAACAGUUUGGAGAGGACACGGCUACCGGAGUCCAAUCACAAGUCAGCAGAGAGCAUGGAGGGCCUCAUGCGGCUUUCGCACGCUCUUGGAGAGGCUCAGCGGGCGCUGGAGCUGCAGACGGAGGCAUUACGCUGUCCGCAGCAGAGCGAUCUGCAAACUUCCAAGGAUUUUGAGCUGUUCGCUGGCAAGCUGCAGCGGCAGCUGGCAGAGGCGCAAUCUACCUCUCGCGCUCUGGGAGACUACAUUGCUAAACGGCCGUCACCGCGAAUCACAGCGCGGAUGCCCGACGAACCACAGGCAGCGCGGCCUGAGGAAUCGCAUCAGCGGCGGCUUAAUGGAAACCACAUCACGAGCAUGCCGAUCCCGGAGGAGGCCGAGGAGUGCCCGGACGAGAAGUCCCGACUGGCUCCUGUGCAGGAUAACCCCGAACAAGCCGAGGAGUGCGCCGACGAAAAGUCCCGGCAGGAUUACCAUGAACAGGUUACACGACUAGCCUUGUUGCAAUCCUGCAGAUUGUCAAGUUUGUUGCAAGCUGUGCAGGGUAGUGGUGGUGGUGGCGGCGGCGAUGUCGCUGGAGGGGACAGUGUCCGUGCCAUUUCAGGCUCUUGCGGUAGUGAAAUGGACCGCGUUGAGUCUGUGGAGAAGGCUGCUCCGUUAGAGUCCACCGAGUCAGAGCCGCUUGGUCAAGGAAAUGCUUCAUCACUGUCUCCUCCAGCCGACGAGGUCCGGAGAGAAGACGAAGUGUCUGAUCAUCUCUGGGAGUUCGUGGUGCAGGGCCAAGUCCCUGGUGACGAGACUGCAGAUACUCUCAGGAAGACGGUGACAUGCUUCCCAGGCGAUGCUAUGUCUCGUCUGACUGCGUGCAAUGUAGCAUGCGUGUGUGCCCGUGGACACCGAGUAGAUCCGACCGUACCGAAUCAAGACGAUUUGGUGCUUGCGAUGUGCUCCUGGGGCGAUCAAGGAAGUGUGGCUCUGUACGGUGUCUUUGAUGGCCAUGGGCCUGCUGGGCAUCGCUGUGCAGCAAUCGCACGAGGAUUCCUGCCGGAGCGAAUUUUCGGCGAUCCAGAUCUUCUGGUAAACCCGCCGGAGGUUCUCAAAUCUGCUUUCGCCGAAGCUCAGCAAGACAUGCUCAGGCAGGUGCCUACCGAUGCCUACAGCAGUGGGACUACAGCCACCAUCGCGCUUGUUUUGCGGGGAGGAGUUCAGACCGAGCGGGACCAGUCCUCCAAGGCCGGCAUCGGGCCAGGGACCACAGUUCACACUGCUCAUGUGGGAGACUCCCGUGCUAUCCUGGCACGAUUAUCGGAUGCAGCAAAAGGUGGCAAGUGCUUCAUCGUCAAAGAGCUGACCAAAGAUCACCGGCCUGACGACGAGGGCGAGGCCCAGCGGAUCAAAGAUGCCGGAGGGCACAUCUGCUUGGGCGGCGGCAAGCGGGCGAGGGUCAUUUGCGAGUCUGUGCCCGGCCAUCCCGGCUUUGCGCUGACUCGCUCGUUGGGCCUCGCCAUUGGCCGUGACUGUGGCAUCAGUGCUGAGCCACAGGUUUUUUCUCACCAUUUGCCGGCUGACGCAGAAGCCCUUCUCAUCUUAGGAACAGACGGCUUGUUCGAGUUCUGUGGAAACCGGACGGUGGCUGGACACUUGCUGAAGCACGGUGUCACAGAGCGGGCGCUGGAGGAGGUAGUGCAUGAAGCAAUGAAACUAUGGUCUGCGAACUCCUCGAACAGCACAGUGGAUGAUGCCACAGCCAUAGCAGCCUCUCUGGGCCGUGUGCAGGGGAACAGUAAAUGA